AUGUCGCUUGAAGAAAUUUCCAGUUUUUAUUCUCUGAUAGCAGAAACAAGUAGUAACAAGAUAUGCCAAGACAUAGAAACAAUCGGCUGCAUUAAUUUGAAAUGUCCUCCUUGGACUGCAGGAUUACCAGGCAAAGAUGGGUCCAAAGGAAAGCCAGGUGAUAUAGGGUCUGAAGGACCAGUUGGCUUACAAGGAAUAUCUGGACCUCCAGGUUCAAAAGGAGAAACAGGACCACAAGGUGGAAAAGGGGAGAUCGGUGACAGUGGAGCUGCAGAACUCACAGAUCUCAGCCUCCGAUUAUUUUUGCUAGAAAGAAGACUGAACAGGUUGCAAACAAUGAAAGAUAUACAGAAGAAAGCCCUGCUGUUCGCUAGAGGUUCAAGUGCGGGAGAUACGCUCUUUGUUACAAAUUAUAGAGAAUACAGUAGCUAUUAUGAUGCAUCAUUUACUUGCAUCACGGGUAGAGGUCAACUGGCCUCACCACGAUCCGUUGAUGAGAACCAAGCUGUGGCAUCGAUCAUUUCACAAUUUAGUAAUUUAGCAUUUUUGGGUAUAAAUGAUAUCCAAACAGAAGGUGUUUUUAGGUACCCAAGUGGUGAAGCAAUUAGCUACUACAACUGGAGCCCAAAUGAGCCCAACAAUAAUAACGAUGCAGAAGACUGCACGGAAAUACUUGCCAAUGGAAAAUGGAACGACUGUGUUUGUUAUCAACGACACCUGACAAUAUGUGAAUUUAGAUAA